CAGGAACUGCUGGACAUCUGGAAGGCGUUGGUGAAUCACAACACGAUCGAUGUUCGCAGAGAGGCGGCUGCAAGGGUGGUCGAGGUGAUGCGCCAGGUAUCGGAGGAGCUGUGUGCGAGAGCUGAUAAGGCCGGCACUCAGGAGGAGCUCAAGUUGCUCAUCGCGAAACUGGUAUCCCUCGCGGGUACCCCCGCGUUCAUUGCCGGAAGCGAGGGCGGCAAUGGCGGUGGUGGCGACCCAGCCGGCCCCAGCCGUGUGGUGUUCAUGGCCUUCAGGUGCAUGGCGACUCUGGCGGAGCCGGUAGCCCUGGUAGAGGGGGAGCAGGGCCUCUUGGACCUCAUGCGGCAGCUGAGGGAUCGAGUGGCAGCCGCGACGGGCAUUUUUGCAGAUGCCGCUAUCCCUGCUGACGGCGGCGUGGCCACUACUGCUGCCGGUAGCGGCACCUGCUUUGACGCCAGUGCGGUGUGGUACAUCCACGAUAUCGGUCUGGGUGGCGACUGCAGUGCUGGGGGCAAGACUAGGCACGACGCCUUGCGAGAGCGGCUGGAGGCAUGCGGUGUGGUGCUGAGUGCAGUGGCGGCGGUGGCCAGCCGCAUGCGGGUGCUGGAUGAUGCGACGGGAG